GCCGGCGGAGCGUGCAUGCAGCGGAGGCAGAGCACCGGCGGCGAAAUCCCCGCUGGAAGGAGCGGGGAGGAGCUCGGGAUGUGGCGGAGCGGGGUCGGGGGUCCGGUCCCUGCCCGGUCAGCUGCGGGAUGUGCCGCGAGUUCAUUGUCAGAUGUUUCACGCGCUGCUUCUGCGAGAGCUCUGGCUGCUGGAGGCACCCGAGAACAGCCCAUCUUCACCACCAGAGCCCAUGUCUUCCAAAUUGACCCCAGCACGAAGAAGAACUGGGUUCCUGCAAGCAAGCAGGCUGUCACUGUUUCCUACUUCUAUGACAGCACGAGGAACAGCUAUCGGAUUAUCAGCGUGGAUGGAGCCAAGGUGAUCAUAAACAGCACCAUCACCCCCAACAUGACCUUCACGAAGACAUCACAGAAGUUUGGGCAGUGGGCAGACAGCAGAGCCAACACCGUGUUUGGGCUGGGCUUCCCCUCUGAGCAGCAGCUGACAAAGUUUGCAGAGAAGUUCCAAGAAGUAAAAGAAGCUGCCAAACUUGCAAGAGACAGAUCUCAAGAGAAAAUUGAAACCUCAAGCAAUCAUUCACAGACCAGCUUUGCAGCCAAGAUGAAAAGGGAGAUGCAGGAGACACCCAGUGUUGGUUUGUGUGUUGUGCUGCAGGAGUCUGGACGUGAAACACCCUCUUCCACCCGAGCUUCAAGUGUGAAUGGCACAGACGACGAGAAGGCGUCGCACGGUGGCCCUGCUGAGGCACAUCUCAAAUCUGAGAAUGAUAAAUUAAAAUUUGCUCUAGCCCAAAGUUCAUCCAACGUGAAGAAGUGGGAGACGGAGAUGCAGUCGCUGCGGGAGAGCAACGCGCGGCUGUCCACGGCCCUGCAGGAGUCAGCAGCCAGCAUCGAGCACUGGAAGAAGCAGUUCUCAGCCUGCAAGGAGGAGAACGACCAGCUGAGGGGCAAGAUUGAAGAACUAGAGGAACAGUGCAAUGAAAUAAAUAAAGAGAAGGAAAGAAAUGCACAGUUGAGUAGACGUCUCCAGGAGCUGGAAACAGAACUUCAGGACAAAGAGCUGGAACUGGAAGAGCUCCGAAAGCAGGGUGAAAUUAUACCAGAGCUAAUGUCAGAAUGUGAAUCUGUAUCUGAACAAUUACAGGCUGCUGAGAAAAAGAACAAAGAUCUUGAAGAGAAAGUCAGAACGCUAAGGACAGAAGUCGAAGAGAACAAACACAGGCAGACCAACCUUAAAACUGAAUUAAAGAAUUUUUUAGAUGUACUAGAUGGGAAGAUAGAUGAAUUACAUGAUUUCCGACAAGGACUGUCUAAACUUGGGGUUGACAAUUAGAUGGCAAUAGAUCUUUUUUGUAAUCUAGGGUCUGGAUGUUUGAUGUUUUGUUGAUCCCAAACGUGUGUUUUACAAAAUAUAACUAGAAUGUUCCA